CGAUUUGUCAAUUUGACAUUUUAUUUUCUGGCACUUUGUUUAUAGGUUAUAAUUUCUAACACCGACGCUUUCAUUAGUUUUGCUUGAAUUCAACAACAAAUAUUGCAAUCAAUCCGCAAACAUGAAGCUAGUCAGGUUUUUGAUGAAGCUUAGCCACGAGACGGUGACUAUUGAGCUCAAAAACGGCAGUGUUGUCCAUGGCACAAUAACCGGCGUCGAUGUCGCCAUGAAUACACAUCUGAAGGCUGUGAAAGUUACCCUGAAAAAUAAGGAAGAGCUUCAGCUGGAGACGUUGAGUAUUAGAGGCAACAAUAUUAGAUAUUACCUGUUACCAGACAGUCUACCCUUAGAAACAUUGUUGUUAGACGAUGCGCCUAAGGGAAGAGCGAAAAGGGAAGGUUUUCCACGAGGCGGGUCCCGAGGAGGAAGAGGCAGAGGCCGCGGAGGCCGUGGAGGCCCGAGAGGUGGUCGUGGAGGCAGAGGUCGAGGCCGACGCUAAUUAUUUCCGUCGCGUUUCGAUCUUGGUGUGUGCAUUGAAAGCUGACUUCAGGAUUUUAAUUUUAAGCUAUCUUUAAGGUCUGCUCCAGUAAAAACAUCGAGAAUAUAUUGUUUUUAUAUCAAAUCUGUCAGUACAUGUCGAUAAAAAUGAUAUCUAUCUCAUACAUUUUCAAAUAUUGUGGAUAUUGUUAUACUGUGACAAAUAAGUAAUAUGAUUGUAGAAUAAUUUACUUUCCUCUAUAAUUAGGAAGUUCUGUGAUUAUUAUUACUUUAGAAAACCUGUUUUAAAUAAGUGUAAUCCAAAAAAAAUAGGAUUAAAGAGUUUCAGAAUAAGA